UAUUGACGAAGGCAGCGUUGUUUCCCCCAAAAUGGCGGACGAUAGCGAUAUUACGUUGAAUGGUAAACUUCUUUCAGAACUUCGUGUUGUGGAUUUGAAAAGAGAGCUGGAACAAAGAGGACUUUCAAAGGGAGGAAGCAAGACACAGCUAACUGACCGUCUUAGAGCGCAACUUCGUUUGGAGAAGCUUCACUCGGAAGCACAAGCUGCGUCGUCUGGUGACGAAGCAAAAGCGCCAAAUCUAGCACUGCAAGAUGAUGAAGUGACUGGCAAAAAUGAUUUUAUCAAGCAGUACCUGUUGCAACAGCAGCGCAACCUUGAACGACAAAGGGAAAUUAAGAAAAAAGUGGAGGAGGAGAGAAAACGACAGUCGGCCGAAGAAUCUGCCGAUGAAUCGCAACAAUCGAUUGCAGAAGAGGAAAAUAAGUCGAAGGAAGUGACGUCAGAAGCUGAGGUCAAGGCCGCCACAGACGCACCUGCCGGUGUUAGUACUAGUGAUUUGGAAAUGGCGAAGAGUCGAAGUCGUCAUUAUCGGUCUAAAGAAAAAAAUGAAGCUGCACAAAAAAGAGAAGUGGUAGAAAGCACCAAUGAGAAAGGCGAUGCCGACUCAACUGAACCAGAGGUGAAAAAAUCAAAGCAGACACGCUCACCAUCUCCACGUGAGAGUGGGCACCAUAAAAGACAUAGAUCAGGGUCUUCUUCUCGUUCACGUUCAAGGAGUCCUGAGAGAUUUCAGUCAACAAAGGGGCAUAAAGGUGGUCAUAAGCAUGGAAGAGGUCGGAGCAGCCGCAAGGAGUCCCGCUCAUCAUCUCGUUCUCCGUCUCCUAAGACAUCCAGUAGAGGGAAAGCUGAGACCCAGCGGGUCAGCAGACCUAGGAACACAUCACGCCCCUCGCGUUCAAAAUCCAAAAGCCCAGAUGAUAUAGCUGAGAAAACUCUAAUUCGUCGAUCAAGCAGACGAUCAGCUCAGGCAGCCAGAGCUUCUAACUCACAACAGCAGAAUGUAGAAGAAUCUGGGAGGAGAGAACAAGAACCUUUGGAAGUGAGGGAAGGUACAGUAGAAGACAAAACAAUCUCUUUUUCUUCUCCUGAUGCUAAAGAAACCAGUCCAAAAGAGCUGCCUUCCAGCUCCAGCCAGGUGCCUCUCAUUGAGAAGCUUGCAGAGCAUUCACAGCCAACUAAAAGGGAGGGCCAAGAAAUAGCGUCUGAAGAGGGGGUUCAGAAAUCACUAACAGAGGUUGGAAAGAGUGUUGAAUUGGAAAAGGAAACACGUCUUAGACAGACAAAGAAGACUGAAGCUUCCUCUGAAGAAUCCGAAGUAGUAGUUCCAAAACCAAAAAGAGGGUCUCGUUGGAGUCGUUCUUCAUCAGAUUUAAAGCCAGUCGAAAGUGACGUUGCCCCGUCUGAAGCAGCCGGCAAGCCAGAUACAUUUAAAAGAGCUUUGGUGUCUUCUGAUGAAACAUCUGAACAGCUUGUUCCCAAAAAGAGAGAAGAAAAUUCUGUGGUUUGUGAAGAAACAGUGGUAAAUUUUCAGCUUUCUGAGCAGACAGAUCUGCUUAAAGAAGGAUCUACAGGAGAAAGAGCAGAUAGUGAUUCAAAAGAGCAAAAGCUUUCAAAGAUUUCUGGAAGGGAUAGAAAAAGUUUAUCAAAAGAUGAGUUGAAAGAGAGCUCUGAGCAAACAGAGAAAACUUUAGGAGACAUCAGUGGCGAUAAAGCAGACAAGAAGCUGCAAGAAGAGGAAUUCAUAAGAAAGGCUGGCAGCAGCGAACAGCAAGUCACAUCAGGAAGAGACUUUAUAGAUAGACAGCCAGAUGUUGGAGAAGAACAGGCUGCCAAAGAGGACACUGAAGUGCCUAGUUCCACCAAGACAGAUUAUACAAAAGAAAAGGUGGAUAAAUUGAUUGAGAAGAAUAAAGAAGUGGCUUCUGAUGCUUGUGAAGAUUCCAGGCCUACAGAGUCUCGUCAAAAACGUAUCUGGCGCAGCAGGUCCAAGGAAGAAGGUGCAAAGCGUGGUGAGCAGGAAAAGUUUCCAGAAGUUCACUUGAAAGGCGUGUCUUCCAACCUUGAGGAAGAAAAAGAUGACACAGAGAACUCUGAACAGAGUCUUCAUAAAUUUAAAAACCAGAAAGAAGAGGAUAUGCCUCAGGAACGUCAGGGCGAUUCAAAUGAUGUUGCAGAAAUGUCUGAAGUUCCCAAUGAUAAUGUUGAAAGUGGUACUAAUCCUGCAGCUCAAUUAGUGUCACAUGAGAUAACCGAAAAACUGCCUGCCAAUCAGAAGUCAGAGGAAAAUAGUAAAGGCAUUAAAAAUGAACAGCAGUCAGAUACUUCACAGAAUGCAGAAUAUGAAGGAACAAAAAAUAUGUUAGGUACAGUUUCACAAAGUAUACGUAAAGAACCCAAUAUUAAUGAAACAACAGUUUUGGAAGAUAAACAGCCACAGCCAUCACAAAGUGAAGACUCACCAUCAAGGAGUAGGUCUACAUCCAGAUCACCAGCUCCAAGAGAAAAGUCUCGUGGCCAAAAGAGGAAAGAUAGUUCUUCAUCAGCAAGUUCUAGAUCUCGUUCACAAUCUCGAUCUGUUUCUCGUAAGAACAGAUCUUCAAGUUCCAGCUCAAGAUCUAGCUCCUCAAAGUCUGAGAGCUCUGAUACAGAGGAGGAGGAACCAAGAAGCAUGAAGAGCACAGCUAGCAAGAGGUCACCUCGUAAAUCUGUUUCUAGAUCACCCUCUCCUUCAACAAAUGAAGCAAAGGGAGGCAGAAAAAGUGCAGCUGUUAAGCAUGAGGGCAGUGCUGAAGCCACAAAGAAAAAGAGAGAGACCAUGGGUGAAAACAGUUCUAGCAAAAGUCCACCAAGAAAGUUGGCUAGAGCAUCAGGAACAAGUGACACUGAUGAAAUUGGUAAAGAUGUUGGUAAUGAUAUAAAAGGAGCUGCAAAGAUAGGGCACACAAAUGAGACGCACUUGGGCCCUGCUGGAUGACAGAGGAAGGUCGUUUGCCGUUUUGGUUGCCUUGAGAACGUGACCUGCAUGCUGGGCCCUUUGCCCUGACCUGACUCCCUGAUGGUGCUGUCAGACGCCAUAGAGGUCAUCACUCCUGUUUCACGAGUCUAAUGCCAAGCUGGAUCCGACAUGCUCUACUUAGCCCCCAUAUUGCUGAAGCAGAUACCUAUGUUUUUAAAGCUGCUUACUGUGGACUCUAGUUGGGAGAUAGUGACAUUCCUCAUACUUACUCUCAGAGACACAGUGACUUUGUGAAUGACAAAAUCUCCAGCUUUGUGUGAUUCAACAUAUCCAGUUGUACAUCUUGUGAAUAUAUGAUCUGGGUGAACUGACUGGUCAUCACUAGAAAACUAUGAAAGCCCAUUUCAGACACUCUUCACAAACUGUUAGACACAACAGACAUCAAAAGGAAAAGUUCUUCAGCCAAAUAAGUUGUGGACAAAGUCUCCUGUUUUUUAAUGACUGUGUGUGCACAUACUGUGUGCUGGCGAAGUGUGUUACAUUACUUUCAUUAGUUAAAAUUAUUUUACAAAACUAAGGAACAUGAGAUUCAUGGAGCCUUGCGAAAGAGUCUAGGUAUGUGUGAGCUCAGAAGGAUUGUUCAUUUAUAAAUGUUUGGAUUACCUGAGACAAAACAUCUGCAAGCAUAGUCCAAUAAGUUUUAGCAGACAGCAUUCAUUGUCUAGAUGUUACUGUCCUUAUCCUGAGACAGUUCUUUAUUUUUU